GUGGGUGCCGUAAUAGUUUUGACGAUUGGAUGGAUUGGUUUUAGGAUCGACGUGGCUGCCAGCAAUUCUUGCUGGUGCAAGAAGUACCGGCAGCCAGGCGCUCCUAGUAGGGCGUUUCAAUCGCUGGGCACUGUUCGUUGGCCGCAAACCACCAGUAUAACAUUUGUUUCUUUCGCGGCAUGGUGGAAUCGAUCGUCGAUAAAGUCGAUGCCGAUCUCGUUCGAUCGCCGAAAAUGCAUCAUGCGACAACCACACAAAAUUCGCGCAGGAGAUUCAUACGCAUUCUCCCAGGCUGAAAAGGGUCACCUUAACCCCUUUCCCUCUGUAGAUGUCUUCUUUUCCUCUCCCGCUAGGCCACGUGGCCCCUUUUUAGCGAAGUUCGACAAUUACGGCACAGGGUCCGCAUAAACAGCUUCGCUGUAAAAAAAAAAAAGCGACAUGAGAGAAACUACAACAGCAUGUGUCGGAAGGUAUACACGGAAAAUAAAAUACGGGCACAUACAGAUCUUCCACGCCAUCACAUCCGUCCCCCAUACAUACACACAUAGACCGAAAAAGUAUCAUGGCAAAGCAUAAAUGUAAAAAAAAAAAACUAGGGAAUUAAAAAAGUAAAACAUCAAAAAGAACGUUGUUGAAUAUCGACAUGUGUGCACAGCACAAAAGACGAGGACCCAAGGAAGAACACAAUAAUCCUUCAAUCCUCGUCUCUUGCGCUGUGCAAACAUGUCGAUAUUGAAUCACCAACUCGCCAAAGCUUCCACUUUAUCUUGCUGAUUGCUUGAAUUGAGAAAGAACCAGGUGCCAACUCGCCCACCUUUCAGUUCUUCCGAAUACAGGUCGGCACAUUGAAGAUGUCCUUAAGAGGGAAGAAGGGACAGGUAGCCCGCAACGACAUCCAGGUAUACCGGGGACACGGCGACCAGAGCGUGCCGUCACUGAUUGCCCGAAGCUUUCGGUUCCACGGGUGUCUGUGUCGCCUGUGCGGCUGUUUCUUCAUCAGCGGCCUGCUCGGCGCGAAGAUCCAGGCGGCACCUAGAGUCGUGUGGAAAAGCGUGUACACACUGUACAGCUGCGCUGUCAUCACGUUCCUGAUCUGGCUGGAAGUGGAGUUGAUCGCCGACAAGGCUAACCAAGCGAGCGGACAUGGCGAAAUUCUCACCAGCAUGCUACGCGUCUUCAUGAACAUUGUUCUGCUGUUCAGGAUGGUCGUCAACUACCUCUGCAUGUCCCUAGGCGCUUCAAAGAUGGCCUCCUUCUACUCCCGAGCACUGGCCUUCGAAAAACACAUCGGAAUGGCCUCGUGGUACCGCAUUGCAGCUAAGCGUUUCUUUUGGUCGGAUAUCUUGCGAGCCUGCCUGUGUAUCGUUGUAUGCACGGCAUCCACCAUGACUCUUCCCAAGCAGCCUCCGUACAAGCUGUCCAGUUACUCUGGGAAAAGCCCCCUUACGGUGACAUACAUCUGGUUGAGGCUCCUCGCAACUGCCACCCUUUACUUCGUCUAUGACAGUGUCUGCAUCGUCACCUUGAAGACCUCGUGCGAAGUGCUGGCAGAAUACAUGAGGAGCCAGCUACGUGCGCUGAAAGUUUGCUUCAGCUUGAAAGGAGCUCAGCCGUUGCUACACGACGACAUCUCCAGGUGCGUAGAGACCGUGAGGCUGAACGUGUUCCGGAUAGGUCAGCUGAAAAAUGAGGUCAACGAAGUCUGGCAGGUGGCCCUGAUCGUGUCCUCCUCCUGCGCCUUGCUCAUACCGUGCACCGGAGUCUACGAGAUUUGCAGAGAGGGCGCGCUGAUGGAGCAGCACUACAGCGUCUUGCUUUUCGGCACUUGGACGUGGUAUGAAUUUGUGACGCUGACCUUGGCGAGCCAGUCCCUGGUGAACGCGGCUAAGGAAGUGAAGGAUUUCUGCAAAAGCCUUCGACGUAUAGAUGAUGACUACUGCAGAAACGAAGUCGAACAACUUCACGACUCAAUAGACCCGGAAGAUCUGAGUCUCAAAGGAGCGGACUUCUUCCAGCUCAAGAUGUCGCUGCUUGUAUCCAUGGCUGCGUCAGUGGUUACGUACACCGUAAUCCUGGUGCAGACCAGUCAAAGCUACAAGAAAUAAUAGUUCAAUGUAUUCGAGAACCGUCGUCGCAGCAACGUGAUGUAAAAGUACACAGGACGGUUUUCAGAGGAAUUCGUUGUUCUGCACUAUGAGACGAAGAAGAAAUAGGUAUUUUGCUCGCAACUUUAAUGGUGGCUCCGGUUGUGUCUAAUUGCGUUGUCAUUGGAGGUUCUAAUAAAAAAUAAAGACGGA